AACACAACUUCAACACAAACACGUAAUUGAAUCGAAAAGCAAGGGGCUUUCUUGUUAAAAUUUGUUAUUUACCAGAAACCGAAAAAGCGUUCAAAUCAACUUUCCUUUUAUGUGAUCAUCCUUUAACCCUUCCUCAAUUUUCGCUUCUUCCCUUACACCACCAAAUUUCUUUCCCUCUUUGGCCAAUUUUCUUAUUAUUGUUUUCUUUUCUAUAUCUUUCUUUCUUUCUUUUAACUCUUCUCCGCUUAUUUUCUUUGCUUUUUCGUUAAUGGACACCACUUGGAGGAGACAGAAACCUGAUUUUCGUCAUCAAGAACCCCAACGAUCACACCCCAGAAAGCCACCUCAAGCUAGUUGGCAACCUACUGUGCCUUCCUGGGAGAAAAAAUUCUGUGCUUCAAUUGGUUCUGUUCCAUGGAGAAAGCUUUUGGAAACAAAGAGGUUUAUGUAUCUUUAUGAUAAUGUGGUUCGCUGGAAUGACUCUGCUGGUGAAGAGGCUUUUUAUAAUGCGAAAAAUCGAUUUUGGGCUCAGAUUAAUGGCCUUCCCUGUGAUAUAUCAUUGCCUGAUCCCAAUAUCUAUAUUGAUGAAAUUGAUUGGAAUGCUAACAUUGACCCUGAAUUGCUUUUGGACUUGGAACGGGAGCCUGAGGUUCCUGAGGAGGUAGAUAGGGAUGAGAAUGUUGUGAUUCUUAAUAGCACACUCCUCUUUAAUCAGUCUUUUUCAAGCACAGGGUGGGGUGAUGCUGAAGAGAAUUUUAAGCAGGAUACUGAUUUGUUUUUGCCUACUGGAUAUGGGCAUUCUACCAAGAAUGCUGGUCAUGAGGAAAAUUCUUGGGAAAAUAAUUGUGCUUCUUGUAAUGGAACUAAGAAAGAUGAUGGAUGGGGAAGUUACUGGAAUGAGUCAUGGGGAUGGAAUCAGCAGGAUAAUAAUUGUAAUGCCUGGGACAAUACUUAUAAUGAAUUGAGAAAUCUAAAUGAUCGAAGAAAUGGUGUGGAUUGGGGAACAACAUGGAAUGGGAAUAGUCGGAAGAGAGAAAGUGCAGGUUGGUACAUGUCAAGGUAUAAAACCUCAAGGUUUCAUGGAGAUGAGUAUAACAUGGAUCGUCAAUGGAGGAAUAAAAGAGAAUGGAAGAGAUCAAAUAUCUCUUAUGAAAGACAAUUUAUGGAUGAGAAACAUUCUUCAACUCAGUGGAACUCGAUGAAUGCUUGUGGACCAGUAAGUCAUGCUGGAUUUGGCAAAGCAUGAUUCUCAUGGGGUUGGUGGAAACAAAUUUUGUAAGCAUAUAUACAAGUAUGUAACACAGUAGUAGAGUAUUUACUAAUUGAUUUUUGGCAUUAGGUUUGUUUGGUUGUUGAGAGUAUUGAUUAAAAGUACAUAUUAUAAUAGGAUGAUACCAACUAGCUAGGCUAAGCCCUCCUCUGCUUUGCCGUGUGCUGAGUUUUGUUGUUUCUCAUCCAAAAUUUUGGCUAUUGCUUUGAAGUUUUCAGAGAAGUGUGAAUUGUUUGCUGUCACAAAGUGUAAUGGUGUAUUACAUUUACAUUAUCCUUAAACGAUAUUCAUUCAUCUA